GUGAAGGGAGUGAUGCUGGGAUGGAGCUGAGCACUCUGCGGAGUUUCCAUCUGCGCGCCGGGAUGUGCGGGGAGAGCACCCUGCCCUCGCGGCUCCUGCUGCCCCUGCUGCUGCGGCUGCCCCUGCUGCUGCGGCUGCCCCUGCUGCUGGUCCUGCUGGCCCCGGUGAUGCCCUCCCCCUACUACUACACGGUGCCCUCCGACAGCGAGGUGUGCCCGGAGAGCAAGGUGCUGUCGGCGGAGUACUCGUGUGUGCGAGCGAGCGGGGAGCGGACGACGUGCAUCAGGAAGCGAUGCUGCAAAGGCUAUCGGUUUGUGCUGGGACAGUGUCUACCUGAAGAUGUGGACGUCUGUGCGGGCUCGCCCUGCGAGCAGCUCUGCACCGACCACUUUGGCCGCGAGCUUUGUUCGUGCCACGCGGGUUACCGCUUCGAGCGCCGCCGCCACCGCACGCGCCACCGCCCCUACUGCCUGGACGUGGACGAGUGUGCCGAGAGUAACGGCACCGCCUCGCGGUGCUCGCACGGCUGCCGCAACUCGCCCGGCAGCUACGAGUGCACGUGCCCCGAGGGCUGGAGGCUCGCCGAGGACAAACACUCGUGCCGGAGGGUGCCGGCGCGGGUUGGGGCACGUGGGGGUCUGGCCGUGACCGAGUGUCCACUGUCGUGCGACGACGACGACUCCCAGCACGUGCGCUCCACAGGAAAUGACAUCAUGGCGAAGAGCGGACAGCGGGCGCACGAGAAGCCCCCGGGACAGAUCGGGCCCCCGGGUCCACCCGGGCCCUUGGGACCCCCCGGUCCGCCCGGGCCCUUGGGGCCCCCCGGGCCGCUGGGGCCCGUGGGGCCCCCCGGUCUGCCCGGCGAGGAAGGGGGACUGGGAGGAGUCGGACCCCCGGGCGCUGAGGGCCCCCCUGGGCCCCGCGGCUUCAUGGGGCCGCCAGGGCAGGAUCCCGAUCUGUCGCACGUCAAACGAGGCCGGAGGGGGCCGAUGGGUCACACUGGACCUCCAGGUAUGCAAGGCCUCAAGGGAGAGCGCGGGUCGCCAGGUCCUCCCGGAGUCCCCGGCCCCCCGGGCUCGUUCGACUUCCUGCUGCUGCUCGUGGCCGACCUGCGCCACGACAUCGCCGAGCUCCAGCGCCGCGUGCUCGGCCGUGCCCGGGGCGCCUUCCAGGGGACGCGCGCUGGGGGGGGGCACCGAGCCCCCCUCCCCCGCGGCCUCCCCCACGGGGCUCCCCGCGGUGCCGCAGCAGCAGGGGGGCGGCUCCGGGCAGGACGAGGAGGAGGAGGACGAGGAGGGGGAGCUGUGGCGGGGGGAGGAGGAUGGCCCCCCACAACAAAGCCAACCGGGCGAGCCCCCCACUCUGGCUUCGUGAAUCAGUUACUCAACCCCCCCCCCCAACUCAUCACUCCCCUACACCAGUCUCCAUGGUAACUCGUCACCCCCCACUCGUCACACCCCUACACCAGUCUCCAUGGUAACUCGUCACCCCCCACUCAUCACACCCCUACACCAGUCUCCAUGGUAACUCGUCACCCCCCCACUCAUCACACCCCUACACCAGUCUCCAUGGUAACUCAUCACCCCCCCCCCCCACUCAUCACACCCCUACACCAGUCUCCAUGGUAACUCGUCACCCCCCACUCGUCACACCCCUACACCAGUCUCCAUGGUAACUCAUCACCCCCCCCCCACUCAUCACACCCCUACACCAGUCUCCAUGGUAACUCGUCACCCCCCACUCGUCACACCCCUACACCAGUCUCCAUGGUAACUCGUCACCCCCCACUCGUCACACCCCUACACCAGUCUCCAUGGUAACUCGUCACCCCCCCCACUCAUCACACCCCUACACCAGUCUCCAUGGUAACUCGACACCCCCCCCCCCACUCAUCACACCCCUACACCAGUCUCCAUGGUAACUCGUCACCCCCCACUCAUCACACCCCUACACCAGUCUUCAUGGUAACUCGUCACCCCCCACUCAUCACACCCCUACACAAGUCUCCAUGGUAACUCGUCACCCCCCCCCCCCCCACUCAUCACACCCCUACACCAGUCUCCAUGGUAACUCGACACCCCCCCCACUCAUCACACCCCUACACCAGUCUCCAUGGUAACUCGUCACCCCCCCCACUUAUCACACCCCUACACCAGUCUCCAUGGUAACUCGACACCCCCCCCCCCCCACUCAUCACACCCCUACAC